CCGAUUUCCGUAGGGGCGGACAGGCAGUUAACCAGAAGCAAGUGAACACACCACAACAUUUCCUGCGCUCCAGCAGCGGUGUGUCAUAAAGAUGCAGACUAUUAAGUGUGUGGUUGUGGGUGACGGCGCUGUCGGGAAGACCUGCCUUCUCAUCUCCUACACGACCAACAAGUUUCCCUCUGAAUACGUCCCCACGGUGUUUGACAACUAUGCCGUGACAGUGAUGAUCGGUGGGGAGCCAUACACUCUAGGACUGUUUGACACUGCAGGUCAGGAGGACUAUGACAGACUGCGACCCCUUAGCUAUCCUCAGACUGAUGUCUUCCUUGUCUGUUUCUCUGUUGUAUCACCCUCUUCCUUUGAGAACGUCAGAGAGAAGUGGGUGCCAGAGAUUUCACACCACUGCCCGCGGACGCCCUUCCUGCUGGUCGGGACUCAGGUGGAUCUGAGAGAUGACAGCAACACUCUGGAGAAACUGGCCAAGAACAAACAGCGAGCCCUGACCUGUGAGAGCGGAGAGAAACUGUCCCGUGAGCUCAAAGCCGUCAAAUAUGUGGAGUGUUCAGCUCUUACGCAGAGAGGACUGAAGAACGUAUUUGAUGAAGCCAUCCUGGCAGCUCUGGAACCUCCAGAAAAUAAACCCAAAAAGCGCUGCUUCCUUCUAUAGAUGCUGGACGAGCAGGAGGAGGUGGAGGAAGAGGUGGAUGGAGAAGAGAUGAACCUCAACAUGAGCAGAGGGAGGGAGCACCAAGGGGAGGGUGGGCGAUGUAGACACCUAUUUCAGCAGUGCCUUCAGCCAUAGUGACCUAACUUGGGUGUCGUGGAGCGGGCAGUUGCUUUAUUUUCCUAAUGGAUAUGUUUCACCCUAAUAUUGACUAACAUUUGAACAGCACUCCUCACUAACCAGGAAGCAGGUUGAGCAAUAGAGAAGUCUGAACCUCAAAUGCCUUGAAGAUACAAACUAUAAACAAUCACAUUUGUAGCCAAACUGGAAACCAACUCCAUAUUUGGAGAAGGAAAUUAGUAAGUUUUCAGGCACUGAUGUAUUUGCAAGUGAUGAAAAAUAAAGGAAGGGGCACUGCAUUGUCAGUCUUUAACACACAUUUCCCUGUUUUUUAUAUGCCUGCUUUCACUUUUCACUUUCACAGCUACGCACAGCCAGUGAACUGGUUCAACAUAACUUUAUGAAAAAUGAAAAUUAAUCACAGUUAAAUCCAGUUGAGUUCUUGAUUAAACUAAAAACGAAAACUUACAGGCAUCUUAACUGUGACUUUAAAAAAAAAAGACUAAUUAAACAUGAAAUAAAUGUUUAAACAUGGUUUUAAAAUUAUGUUAAUGAAUUUCAACCUCUGUGUGCAGUCAGUAAAUAGUAUCAGUAUGACAUGGAUGGAUCUUUUGUCUCAUGAAAACAAAAGAAGGAAUCAGCUGUGGAACAAAAACAUUCCCUGUAGCUUAGUGGACUAUCAAAUAAUCAACAAUCAGUCGCUUCUGUAAUUUACUUUCAUUCAUAUUAAAACUAGGAAUAAUAAAAAAAAAAAUCUCAGGUUCAAAGCAGAAUUAGAGCUUUACUUGCUUCUUUUUUUCCCACUUUACAGCACAACAUACGUGUUUGUGCUUCUAUGAGCAUGCCCCAAUAAAAUUAGCCUCAAUGCAUCUUUACUGUUAUUCACAUGAGCAAAGUUGGCUACUGGAUUUUUUUCAUCCGAUAUAGGAAUUAUGGGAGUGUCCAAAUGAUGGGUGGGGGUCCAGACGGAGACGCACACGGUUGCACGUACACAAAUCUGUUUUUGCUGAAGUAACAUUUCCUUUCCUCUUUCCUGACACAUCACAUCCUGAACCAAACAACUCCAGUGAGCUGUGACAUGUCUGACGGAACCCGAUAAAAAUUACUCAUUUAAGCCUGGACUUUAUUGUUAAUCCAUUACAGUAAAUUUGCCUUGUUAAUAAUGCAGUCAUGAAGACAAGCUUCAAAGCUUUACAGGUGACACCACUUAAAAAGAAAAAGCCUGAGAUUGUUGAACGUUACUUUCCACAGAUCAUAGCUGAGUUAUGAAAGGAAUCAGCUGUGAUGUGAUGUGACUCGUGUCGUCAUGGCCUCAUGUUAAAUACAAAAAAAAAACUAAAAUGCCUUAAACUUUUUGCAUCACU